CGGACAUCUUCGGACCUCGAAUGUGAGUACAUAAAUGCUGAUACGUCAACACACUCUGGUUCACCGAAACAAGCUUCAGCUGCCCUACCAUUCUACUGUACUGUAUACCACCUUCACUGACACCCUCCAUCCCUGCUUAUCUGACUUUGCACCAUGCCAUCUCCACAUUUCUCCAAAGUCCUUGUCUUUGGUGCCACCGGCGAAGUUGGCUCCGCCGUCGCACUCGAGGCUCAUGCUCUCGGCGCCCACGUCUUCAUUGCCCUACGCGACACAUCCAAGCACAACGAGUGGAUCUCGCCCGAGCAAGAGCGCGCCGCAGACCUGCAGCGCAUCAGUGCCGACCUAACCGACCUGGACUCCGUAAAGCGGGCCGUGCAAGAGACAGGCGCCCAGGCUGCCUUCAUCUACGCCGUGCGCUCCAAGGACACGUUGCGUGGUGCCAUUACCGCCCUGCGCGACGCUGGCAUCCAGUACGUCGUGUUCCUGUCGACCAGUCAGGUCAGGACUGCGGGCACCACAAAGGGUGACAUUCGAUCCAUCAAGCCAGACCAUUUCAUCCCAUGGCAGCAUGCGCAGGUCGAGAUUGCGCUGGAGGAGCUCGAGGUGCCACAUGCAGCGGUACGGGCCGGGUUCUUUGCGAGCAACCCGCUGCGAAUUUACCUUGAUCGAUCUUCGGAGCCUAAACAAGUCAAUUUGCUAGCUCCAGAAGUGCCGCACGAUCCCAUUGACCCGAAGGAUAUUGGGCGUGCGGCUGCAGCCGUGUUAGUCAACCCGCGGCUGUACGCGAGUGGCUACCAGGGAGAGCCCAAGAAGGACGUUGUUUAUCUCAGCGGGCCAGCGUUGCUCUCGCAGACUGAGCAGUGGGAGAUUGUUAACCGAGAGCUUGUCGCUGCUGGCAAGCCCGAGGUCAAGAUCAAUCACAUUACGGUCGAGCAGUACCUCGAGAAUCUGGCCAAGCUUCAUGUUCCCGAUAUUGUAGCGAAGUCUUUGGCCAAGUCCAUGGUGGAGACGAGGGCACUGUAUGCCCCUGAAGACUAUGAGAAGUCGCGGGGUAAUGUUGAGCUCUUGACGGGCCGCAAGGCUACAUCAUUUGAUGACUUUGUUAAGAGAGAGAUACCAAGAUACUUCAACUGAGAUGUUGAGCAUUAGUUUAUAUGAGGACUGCGAUCGCUAAGACAUAUCAAUUUAUAUAGAUUAGCACUUGUCAUUUAAGUUAAUAGACACAUAUUACUUAUGCA